AUGUUCAAAGAGACAUUUGGAACUCAGAUGGAGGUACUUCCUUUCCCUAGCCAAGUGGUGUACAACAGAGUUGGAAAGUGUGGGAGUCGAACUGUGGUUUUGCUUUUGAGAAUCUUGUCAGAGAGGCAUGGGUUCAACCUGGUUACAUCAGACAUUCAUAACAAAACCAGACUGACCAAAAAUGAACAGAUGGAAUUGAUUAAAAACAUAAGCACUGCAGAGCAGCCCUAUUUAUUCACCAGACACGUACAUUUCCUCAACUUUUCAAGGUUUGGAGGAGAACAGCCAGUGUACAUCAAUAUUAUUAGGGAUCCUGUCAACCGAUUUUUAUCCAACUAUUUUUUCCGUCGAUUUGGAGACUGGAGAGGGGAGCAGAAUCAUAUGAUCCGCACCCCAAGUAUGAGGCAAGAAGAAAGAUAUCUAGAUAUUAACAUAUGUAUUCUUGAAAACUACCCUGAAUGUUCCAAUCCCAGGUUAUUUUACAUCAUACCGUAUUUCUGUGGACAGCAUCCAAGAUGCAGGGAGCCUGGAGAAUGGGCCCUCGAAAGAGCAAAACUGAACGUGAAUGAAAAUUUCCUGCUUGUGGGGAUUCUGGAAGAGCUAGAGGAUGUGCUGCUUUUACUGGAAAGAUUCUUACCUCAUUAUUUCAAGGAUGUGCUCAGCAUCUACAAAAACCCAGAACAUAGGAAACUUGGAAAUCUGACUGUGACAGUAAAAAAGACCGUCCCUUCUCCAGAAGCCAUACAGAUCCUCUACCAGCGCAUGAGAUAUGAAUAUGAGUUCUACUACUAUGUCAAAGAGCAGUUCCACCUGCUAAAGCGCAAAUUCGGACUUAAGUCUCAUAGCAGCAAACCACCUCCCAAGCCAGAAUUCUUUAUUCCUUCUCCCCUGGAAACUGAAGAACCGAUAGAUGAUGAGGAGCAAGAUGAUGAAAAGUGGUUAGAAGAUAUCUAUAAAAGGUGAUGCAAGCACUGAGCUCUCCUCUGGUGACCCUUCCAGCUUCCUUAAUAUUUUUUUAUUAUUAAAAAAAAUAUUCCUUAAGUGACUGAGUUAAUGCGCAGCAGCAUUUAAAACAAAAAAAAGUUCCCACAUGUUGGGGCAAUUGAGAGACACCCGGUUUUGCGGGUUAUAUUUGUUUAAUUUUAUUAUAUUUUUCUUGACUCAUAGGAUCCUUUAUAUGACAUAUUUUAAGAUGGAACCAUCUGUCAUCUCAUCACAAAAUAACUUUUGCACAGUAAAAUGCUGCUGUGCACAUGCACCCAUUUGCAAAACAACAUAUAUUAGACAUCAUUUACCAAGUAACUUUCAUUAAGGAAGUUUUAAUACCAUGCCCGUUACUGUGGCAUUGAACAUCUGACACCAUUUAUAAGCUAGUAGGGAUACCACUGGAGUGUAGUAACAACAUCUGAAUAGCAAGCAAAUAUAAAGGGUUAUAUGAUCCAGAGCCAUUGUUACAACACGUAAGGUUCAAACUAUUGGACUCAAAACAGAGUAGGAAGUCUCCCCUGGGGGGCUUCCAGUGAGAGGAGUACAAUCUACACUUCAAGCAGAUUAUAUCAGGUGAAAUAAACCAGGUUAAAGAACCCAGUUAACUAGAAGGGUUCACAGAGUCAAAAUGGAAAGAAUUAUCAGUGAAGUUGAAUGAUAGAGAUGAACAGGUAGAUGGAAGGCCAAAGGGACAGUAUUACGUGGUCUUGGGAUUUUGCUUCUGCAGUUGAGAAUGUUGCUCUUAGGCCCUGGAGGAAGAGGUGUGGUGCAUAGUUUUUAUUUUAAAGAAAAAAAUUAUACUAUUGUCAUUCCUUCCAUGGGACACAGACCCAAAAUUAUACGUAGAAGUUAUUCAUGCAAGAAACUCUUUCCGUUAGUAUGAACAACAUUUCUAUAACCUCAGUUCUGUGAGUCUUCAUAUGUCAUCCGAAUAAUUAACAGAAUUAGGGUGAAAUACAGGUGAGGACACCAAAUUUGGAUGGCAGUGAAGUAAACGUGAUUUUAAAAUGAGGAAUUUUUUUGUAAUAAGAGACAUUGACAGGUAUGACUGACAUCUUACAUACUGCACAAUGAUAAAAUAAAACAACAAUAAAAAAUCAAUGUAGCAUAAAAAAAACACAUUCAAUGGUAUAUUGGUAUGAAUGACACUGAAAGUUUAAGUAUUGUUAUCAGGAAACACUAAAAGGUGGAGUGAAUGCGACUGAGUGAUGAAAUGGGGACAGUUCCAUUUAAGGUAUCCCCAGGAUUUCUGGUACAGUUUUAUGACAUUUAGGUCUAGAAUUUAACUUGGACAACAUGCCCAUACAAGCCAGUAAGUAUCUAGUUUGCACUUCUAAACAGACUACUCCAAUCUUGAGUCCAUGCACAUAGGAAUAAACAGAGCUACUUACUUGUUUGCUCCCUCCCUGGAGCCGAGUGAGUGAGGGAUGGGUGGAGUCUUGGCUUUGCAUGCACACUCGCCCAUCAGUAUGGCGAGAGCAGGAGCUAACUACUAACACAUAGACCAAGGAAAAAGUGCGGGAGGAAUUGUGACUCCAAAGGGUGUGUCUACAUCACAAUGCCUCCCUACAUCACUUCUGCGAUGGUACAACAUGUGCACCACACCUUGCACGGGGCUGUGCCUAUAUUCACAAUUUAAUACUUGCUAGAUUUCUUCUAGGCCACUGGUUUUCAACCUUUUUCCAUUUGAGGACCCCCAAAAAAUUUGAAAUGGAGGUGCAAACCCCUUUGGAAAUCUUAGACGUAGUCUGCACACUUCCAGGGGUCUGCAGACCACAGGUUGAAAAUUGCUGUUCUAGGCAAUUUUGGCUGGUCUCUUUGGGUAAUUGCUGCAGGGGAGUUUCACUGUCUAUGUAUAGUCUGCAAAAUGGACCUUCAUUUGUAAGUAAAAAGCAAAAGUUAUUUUGUGAUUGAGGUAUGUGUACAGGCCCAAGCUAUGAAGUGCUUUCCAGAGGCUUCCUCUUCCAUGAGCCUACAGGGAGCCAAAAUAUAUGGUGGACCAUCUUGAUCAUCUAACUGGUCUUUAUUAUACUCAUCCGCAGAGAACAGAAGAAAAGAAGAAUAACUGUGUUAAGACACGAUAAUUUGAAGAAAAUAUUACAGGGGGGAAUUUUAUUCUCACUCCUUACAUCCCAGUUGUGUGGUACCAAUGCACUACUGUGAAGGAAGGCAUUAAAGAAAGCUGCAAGUGGCAUAGAUAAUAAUUAACAUAGUCAUUAAAAUAUGAAUCUACUGCAUUGUAUAUUUUAAGUGGUUUCUAUGAAAUUACAUUGAAAGAGUAAUGAUUAGUUUACACACUGUGGAAUUGUUAUAUUUUGGAAAGACAAUUAAUAAUCUCAUCUUUUUAAAAACAAAUUCUGUCUAAGUCCUUUUACAAGUGUCAUAGCAGAAUAAUAAGUCACUUAACUCAUUCACCCUUCCUCAAAUUCACUUCCGCUUACUGUAGACAUUUCAGUCUAUUUUUAUCUUAAUUUAAUGAUAUCUUCAACCCUGAUUACUUUAUAACCUAAACAUAAAAACUGGUACGUGAUUUAUUCUCUGGGUUUUAAUGUUGUAUUUUUCCUAACAAUUGACCUGCCUCUUCUCCCUGAAUGGUAACUUCAUGAAUGUGUUUGGUACAUAAACAUCUACAAUUCCUGGCCCAACAGUCCCUUUGUUUGUCAUGAAAUGUUUUAUAUUUUACUUUAAUGUUUAAAAAGUACAGUUUAAGCUGGUUAAUCUUUGAUUUAUUUAUUAUAUCUUUCCAACACAUUCCAAAUUCUAAGUUGCUCAGGAAGGAGUUGAUUUAAAUGGUUUUAUUUUGGUCUCAUGGAUUUUUUUUUUAAACAAAAAUCACUGUUAUAAACCUUUAGCCCACUACAGCUUUGCAGUAAGUGCCAUAUGUGUACUCGUAAAUCUGGAGGGGAGGGAUAAAAAGGGGGAGGGGCAGGUGUUUACUUGAUGAAAAUAAGAAUACAUAUCUGUACAUUAGCUUAGCUUUAAAUGAAAGGAAUCUUUGUUUGAUAUGAAAUAUUCUUUAACUUAUUCACUACCCUCUCUGAGAUUCUGAAAAAAUCCCGUGUGGGAGAGUGGGGGGAGGUUUUGUUUAUUGGGAUGUUUUUGUUUUUAACUCCAGUGAUGUUUGAAAAUACAGCUUGUGCUUUUCUACUCUGCCUUGCCAUAGCCUGU